UACCAGUUUUUUCUUCAGCCUUUUUCCAGUUAAAUCGAAAAUUUUAUUGGCAACUCUGGUUGCAAUCGUGAUCUGUUUUGGCGAUUGUUAAUUUUUGUAUAAAUAACAUAGGUUCUUUGAUAUUCAAAAUAAUCAGUAUAUCAGUGUUGUUUAAUAUUUUAUGGCCCACCUCGCGUGAGGAGAAAUGAGUUCAUCUCCUAAUUCUGAUGAGGACAGAAAACUCGAUUUCAGUCCAUUGCUGCUGGCCAGUGGCAAUCGAAAAAGUGCCUUCCUCCCGUAUAAACCCACGAACACAGUCCUCACUAAUCUGCAGCGCGGUAACACCGAGGCUAACAUUCCCAGUGAGAUCUGUUUAAACUUUCACGAAAAAACCGGACAAGGCGAAAUUACCGAGGAGCAAGUUCGGUUGGAAAAAUCCGUAGAUACUGUCGAUUCUAACAAUUUCACACCACUCCAUUGGGCUUGCUAUUACGGUCAAUUGUCGGCAGCCCAAAUACUGAUAAAUUGCGGAGCGGACUUCGAUCGUUCGGCAGUCGAUAUGAUCACUCCGUUACUGUUGGCUGCAUCGGGUGGUCAUCACGAGAUCGUUCGGUUGCUACUGCAGAAAGGUGCAAAUGCAAACCAUAUGGACGUUGUUGGCAAUACACCAUUGAUGUAUGCCGCGGCCGGAAACCAUCCGCACACAUGCAACGAGCUGCUAAGCCGGGGAGCAAAUUUCACGGACAGUAAUGAAGACGGAGAGACUGCAUACAGUCUUGCGGUUAAGAAUCAGGCUUGUUUAUCUCAAGCGGUUCUGGAGAGCUACAUUACGGCGUUGUUGAUGUCGUAACUUGAAAGCCUGGUGAGUAUAAAUUGUCACGGAAGGUUUUCUUAUAAUGCUUACUUAUGGAUCAAAAGUGCUGUGCUAAAUUUUUAUUUGUGUAGAUUUAUAUUCGCAUAAAAUCAUUAUAUUUCUUGUUAA